GUCAGUGACUCAACAACUCAGAUGAACGAUUUGAGCCAUUUUAGUAUGGAGUUUGGCCAGUUUAUCAGUCACGAUAUACAGAUGAAUGCUUUGUCUAAAGGGCAGUAUAUGUCUAAUCUGAACUGCUGUUCUCGCCUGUUACUUUAUUUUACCAGGCGCAACUGUUUUCCAAUUCCACUACCAUCAAAUGAUCCAUUUUACAACACCUUUAACAGAACUUGUAUGAACUUUGUAAGAGCACUCGAAACAACUAAGUUAGACUGCACACUUGGACAAAGACAACAGUUGAACAUGAAUACCCAUUAUCUGGAUGGUUCUGCUGUUUAUGGUUCUAAUAAAACUACUGCUGAUAGUCUCCGUCAAUUUUCCGGUGGUCGAUUGAAAUCUACAAAUAACCAAUUGCUACCUAAGGACAUACCAAAUGCGUCAUCGUGUAUCUUACCAGCGAAUCCAAAUAUUAAAUGUUUUAAAGCAGGAGAUCCGAGAGUCAAUCAACAACCAGCAUUAAUGGCAUUACAAACAAUUUGGAUGAAAGAACACAAUCGCAUAGCCGACAAACUAACACAACUGAAUAGAUGGAAUGAUGAAAAAGCGUACCAAGAAGCCAGAAAAAUUAUUGGUGCCAUGAUACAACACGUGACAUAUAAUGAAUAUUUACCACAUAUCAUUUGUGACCAACAAAUGAUAGAUCUAGAUUUAAAACCAAAAGCCUCCGGGUAUUUUACUGGCUAUGAUCAAACGACUAAACCCCAGGUUAGGAAUGGUUUCUCCGCUACAGCCUUCAGAUUUGGACAUAGCAUGGUCAGGCAGAGAUUAGCAUAUAAUGGUCCAUUGCAUUCUAAUCAAAGCCCCCUCCUUCAUAAUGAAUUCCUUAAACCAAAUAAGCUGUAUGAUGCGAAAGGUGGUAUAAGUUCUAUAACAAGGGGCUUGUAUGAAGAAUUUUCUCAAAAAGUCGACAGAAAAAUUACCAAGGAACUUACAGAAAGGCUUUUUGAGAGAAGAAAUGGUUUUGGUGGAGAUCUUGCAGCCAUUAACAUACAAAGAGGAAGAGAUCAUGGACUGGCUAGUUAUAACAUUUGGAGGAUUGUCUGCGAGUUGACACCCGCCGAUGACUUUACAGCUGGUGUGAUGGGAGGUUUAGAGCAUCAUUCGACAGUCGAAGCGCUGGCCCUUAAAAACACUUACAGAUCACCAUGGGACAUUGACUUAUUUACCGGUGGUGUAUCAGAAACCCCAAUAUUAGGAGGGAAAGUCGGACCUAUUUUUGCCUGUAUAAUAGGACUACAAUUUCGUGCUUUGAAAUUUGGUGAUCGAUUCUUUUAUGAAAGUCAUACUAACGUAAAGUUUACUCCAACACAGCUGACAGAAAUCAAGAAGGCAACUAUGGCUAGAAUCAUUUGCGAAAAUACCAACAUCAACAGCAUUCCUAGGGACGUUUUCAGGAAGACUUCCUCCAGUAACUCCGAGAAAAGUUGUUCAUCUCUACCGGAAGUGAAUCUUCAGAAAUGGCAGCAUUGUAUUAAUGGUGGAUGGUCUAGUUUUGUAACAAUAAACAGAUGCACAAAAAAGAGAACAUGUAACAGACCUGCACCAAACAGCUGUGGGAGACGAUGUCUGGGGUCACCAAUAGAGUUCACCUGUGGAAGUAUUAGAAACUUAAAAAAAUUAAGGCCGGGUGGUAAUGCAGGUCACCCGUAAAAAUAUAUUGAUAAUUGAUUUAGUGCUGGAUAAAUAAACAUGCUCAGUCAUCACGAUUCACGGUA